CCUGAUGUAAUCCUUAAUGCAGCCCCUGGCUACAAAGACUGGAUCUAGUUUCAGAGAGAGAGAUUCAGAAGCAGAAUUAAAAUAAAUAAAUAAAUAAAUUAAAAAAAAAAAAAAAGUGUGGGGGGAGAAGAGAGAGAAAGAAGGAAAAGCAGACGAGUGGAUUUUAAACAAACAUAUCUUCCUGAAGAAGACCAUUCUUGCUCCUCGCUGCUGGGAAAGCUACUCUGAACCCUGCUGUAUAUUUUUUUUUCCAAAGGAGAAGACUUGAUUGUCUGCUUGGAUCUAAUGAUUUACUGGCUUUUAACUGCGUUUUUCCCCUCUCCUAAGGAUUCCUCAAAAAACCGGCUUAAUUAUUUUCAGCUUUUCUCUUCUACCUGCCUGUCUGCAGAGACACCAAAGGUUCUCCCUUCCUCUCCCUCCCCACCCCUAUUUCUUUUAGGAUUUUCCCCCUUUUCCAUUUAAUAUAUACAUAUAUAUAUAUAUAUAAAAUGUGUAUGUAUAUAUAUAUGUAGAGGCAAGAGUGGAGGAAGCAGAGGGAGGGAGAGAGCUCUGCCAUCGUUUUGGACUUCACGCGCUGCCCAAUGUUGGGCUGGUUACCCCUGGAUAUGUUGCUGGUUUCCAUUUGGAAUUUGACGAAGGGAAGGAUGAGGAUAUAAAACCUGGGGAGCUCGGCAAGGUGUUGUUUAUGGCCACAGGAGGGAGCUCAAAUCCAGACAUGGGAGGAUCGGCUUGAUUUCGGAUCCAGAGCCUCUUAAACUCUGCUUUUCCUCUAAGCUGGUCCCUGUUAUGUCCAGGAUCUGGCACCUGCUUGACAUUUACUUUGAGUUCCAGAGGACCAGAGACCUAGGAUGAGGAGCAUUGGAUCCGCCCUGAACCUGCUUUUGGUAUCUCCACUCUACUUUGUGUGGACCGUGGUCGCUCUGGACCUGGCACAAACUCCCUGCACCACUUUGGUCCAGGGGAAAUUCUUUGGGUAUUUCUCCUCCUUCGCCGUCUUCCCGUUGAACUCCUCCCUGUGCUCUUGGAUUAUCCAGAACCCCGACCCUCGCAGGUACACUUUGUACAUGAAGAUCCUCAAGCCCUCCGGCGUAUGUGACCACCAGCACAUCCGCACCUACCAGUUCGACUCCUUCCUGGAGUCCACCCGCACCUACCUGGGCAUGGAGAGCUUCGACGAUGUGUUGAAGCUCUGCGAUGGCUCCACCCGCUUUGCCUUCCUCCAGUCCAACAAACAAUUCCUGCAGAUGAAGCAGACGGCCCCGCCGGGCGUGGACACCUGGCCCAUGAGGUGGAAGCCCACCAAGGCUCAGGAGAGGGACUUCUCUGUGGAGUAUCUGGUGGUCGGCAACAGGAACCCGAGCAAAGCCGCCUGCCAGAUGCUCUGCAAGUGGCUGGACGCCUGCCUGGCCAUCAGCAGCAGCUCCCACCCGUGUGGCAUCAUGCAGACCCCGUGCUCCUGCUCGGGAGGGGAGGUCCUGGAUCAGGCCAGCGAGAUCCUGGGGUUCACCAGGAAGAAGGAGGAUUGCUACAAGGAUGGAAUUUACCUGGAGAACUGCGUGAGCAGCCCCAAGGACAGCAACGGAGCAGAGUUCCUGGGUGGUUGGAACUCCUGGUCGGCUUGGGGCGACUGCACCAAGGACUGCGGGGGCGGCCUGCAGACCCGCAUGCGCUCCUGCAAGCCCCUUCCCAACGAGGGCCUGGCCUGCGAGGGAGUCCUGGAGGAAGGACGGCUGUGCAAUAGGAAGGCUUGCAAUACCAAUGGACGCUAUAAUUCCAGAAGCCAAUCGCUGAGGUCCACAGAUAACAGAAAGCGAGAGGACCCUGACGAACUGCAGCACUACGGGUACCCUGCACCUCAAAUAGGUGACCCUGCAGCAGAGGAGUGGUCCCCGUGGAGCGUGUGCUCGACCACCUGCGGGGAGGGCUGGCAGACCAGGACCAGGUUCUGUGUUUCGUCUUCCUACAGCACCCAGUGCAGUGGCCCUCUCCGGGAGCAGAGGCAGUGCAACAACUCUGCCGUGUGCCCAGUGCACGGCACCUGGGACGAGUGGUCUCCAUGGAGCCUGUGCUCUUCCACUUGCGGGAGAGGCUACAGGGAUCGGACCCGCACCUGCAAACCCCCCCAGUUCGGUGGGAACCCCUGCGAGGGCCCGGAGAAGCAAACCAAGUUCUGCAACAUCGCUCUCUGCCCAGGCCACUCAGUGGACGGCAACUGGAACGAGUGGUCGAGCUGGAGCUCGUGCUCCGCUUCCUGCUCCAAUGGGACCCAGCAGCGGACGCGGGAGUGCAACGGGCCCUCCUACGGCGGAGCUGAGUGCCAGGGACACUGGGUGGAGACCCGGGACUGCUUCCUGCGCCAGUGCCCAGUGGAUGGGAAGUGGCAGGCCUGGGGAGUGUGGGGCAGCUGCACCGCCACGUGUGGAGGUGGCACUCAGAGACGUGACCGGGUGUGCUACGGCCCCUUCUUUGGGGGAGAGACUUGCCAGGGUCCCAAGGAGGAGUACAAGCAGUGCAAUGACAGAAAAUGUCCUGAGCCCCACGAAAUCUGUGACGAGGAGAGUCUUGGCCCUGUGGUUUGGAAGGAGACGCCAGCCGGGGAUGCUGCUGCUGUCCGGUGUCCCCGCAAUGCCACUGGGCUGAUCCUUCGAAGAUGCAUCUUAGAUGAAGAAGGCAUCGCUUACUGGGAGCCUCCAACGUACAUCAAGUGUGUUUCUAUUGAUUACAGGAACAUACAGAUGAUGACCAGGGAACACCUUGCCAAAGCUCAGCGUGGGUUGAUGGGAGACGGGCUGUCAGAUGUCCUCCAGAACCUUGUGGAAAUCUCCCAGGAUGGGACCAGCUACAGUGGGGACCUGCUGUCCACCAUGGAUGUACUCAGGAACAUGACAGAGAUCUUCCGUAGGGCUUAUCACAGCCCGACUUCUGGGGAUGUGCAGAACUUCGUCCAGAUCAUCAGCAACAUCUUGUCAGAGGAAAACCGGGAAAAAUGGGAGGAAGCUCAGCUGAUAGGGCCAAAUGCCAAGGAGCUGUUCAGGCUCGUGGAGGAUUUCAUUGAUGUCAUCGGCUUCCGCAUGAAAGAUUUCCGGGAUUCCUACCAAGUCACGGACAAUCUGGUCCUUGGUAUUCACAAACUGCCUGCAAAUGCAGCAACUGACAUCACCUUCCCCAUGAAAGGCUGGAGGGGAAUGGUGGACUGGGCCAAGAACUCAGAGGACAAGGUCACUGUUUCCAAGAGCAUCCUGUCUUCAGGGCUCUCAGUGUCGGACGAUUCCUCUGUCUUCGUGGUUGGGACCGUGCUCUACCGGAACGUGGGCAACAUCCUCUCCCUGCAGAGGAACAGCACCGUUCUGAACUCCAAAGUCAUCUCUGUGACUGUGAAGCCAUUCCCUCGGUCUCUCCUCACCCCUCUGGAAAUCGAAUUCUCCCACCUGUACAACGGAACCACCAACCAGACCUGCAUCCUGUGGGAUGAAAAUGAUGGCAGAGCCUCCGCCUCCGCCUCUCCGCCCGGCGCCUGGUCCUGGCGCGGCUGCCGAACGGUCCCGCUCGACGCCUCCCGGACCAAGUGCCUGUGUGACCGGCUCUCCGCCUUCGCCAUCUUAGCCCAGCUCAGCCCCGACAUGAACAUGGAAAAGGUGCUGGUCCCUUCUGUCACGUUAAUUGUAGGCUGUGGAGUAUCCUCGCUGACACUUUUGCUGUUGAUUAUCAUUUAUGUCUCUGUUUGGAGAACUCAGGUUUUUCCGUGCCUGGGGUAUCAUUGGAUGUGCUCAAGUCCUUGUCCUCUCCUGCUUUUCCUCAGGCUGGGCGGCACUGAGCAGCGCCGGUACAUCCGCUCGGAGCGCUCCGUCAUCCUCAUCAACUUCUGCCUCUCCAUCAUCUCCUCCAACGCCCUCAUCCUCAUCGGACAGACCCAGACCCGGAAUAAGGUGAUCUGCACGCUGGUGGCGGCUUUCUUGCACUUCUUCUUCCUCUCCUCUUUCUGCUGGGUGCUGACCGAGGCCUGGCAGUCCUACAUGGCCGUGACGGGCCGGUUACGGAACCGCAUCAUCCGCAAGCGCUUCUUGUGUCUCGGAUGGGGGCUCCCUGCCUUGGUGGUUGCCAUUUCUGUGGGAUUUACUAAAGCCAAGGGAUACGGCACCGUGAACUACUGCUGGCUGUCAUUAGAGGGAGGACUCCUCUAUGCCUUCGUGGGACCGGCGGCUGCUGUCGUUUUGGUGAACAUGGUUAUUGGCAUUCUGGUUUUUAACAAACUUGUAUCCAAAGAUGGAAUAACAGAUAAGAAACUGAAGGAACGGGCAGGUCAGAUGGCAGUGCCCCUUUACGGCAUGACGCUCAAAUGUUCCAAGUGUGGAGUAGUUUCUUCUGCUGAAGUUUCGGCCACAGCCACCAGUAACGCCAUGGCAUCCCUCUGGAGCUCCUGCGUGGUGCUGCCCCUGCUGGCUCUCACCUGGAUGUCUGCAGUCCUGGCCAUCACCGACCGGCGCUCGGCGCUUUUCCAGAUCCUUUUCGCCGUCUUCGACUCCUUGGAGGGAUUCGUCAUCGUCAUGGUCCACUGCAUCCUCAGGCGGGAGGUCCAGGAUGCUGUGAAGUGCCGGGUUGUGGAUCGUCAGGAGGAAGGGAAUGGAGACUCAGGGGGGUCAUUUCAGAACGGACACGCUCAGCUAAUGACCGAUUUCGAGAAGGACGUGGACAUGGCUUGUAGAUCAGGUGAGCACAUCACAGUGCUGAACAAAGACAUCACCACGUGCAGAACCUCGACCAUCACGGGGACCCUGAAGCGCCCGUCGCUGCCCGACGAGGAGAAACUGAAACUCAACCACCAGAAAGGCUCAUCCAACUUCAACAGUCUUCCAGCCAACGUCUCCAAGAUGCACCUUCAGGGCUCCCCGCACUACCUGGGAGCCAUCAACCUGAACGAGUUCAGCAACCACUCCCUCACCCUGAAGAAGGACAAGAACCAGCCGCCGAAAUCCAUCUACAUCUGCGACGGGGACAUCUUCAAGAAGUUGGACUCGGAGCUUUCACGGGCGCAAGAGCAGACUCUGGACACCAGCUACGUGAUCCUGCCCACCAACACGUCCACCUUGAGGGCCAAACCCAAAGAUGAGAGCAAAUACAGCAUCAACAUCGACCAGAUGCCUCAGACACGGCUCAUCCACCUCAGCAUGGCCACCGAUCCCGGCUUCGUGGUCAAGAGUCCCCCGCGGGAGCCAGUGACCAUGGCGUGCAGUGAGGUGCAGGGUUCCUCCAUGAUCCAGCAGCAGCAGCAGCUGGCUCCACAGAACAUCUCCAACGAGUCACAGAUUCCCAACAGCCUGUGUGACACGGGUGACUCAGGGAACUCGGGUGUGGUGUCCAAGAGCGAGACCGUCUCCACCCUUUCCAUGAGCUCCUUGGAGAGGCGGAAAUCCCGGUAUGCGGAGUUAGAUUUUGAGAAAAUCAUGCACACAAGGAAACGUCACCAAGACAUGUUCCAGGACCUGAACAGAAAACUCCAGCACGCAGAGAAGGAGAAGGAGUCUCCAACAACAGACAGCAAGCAAGAAAAACAGCAGACACCAAACAAGAGACCCUGGGAAGGCAUCAGGAAAGUCCAGUCCCCGCCAUCAUGGGUUAAAAAGGACAUCGAACCUGUGGCACAGUCUCCCCUAGAACUAAAAACUGUAGAGUGGGAGAAAACAGGGGCCACCAUCCCCUUGGUGGGACAAGACAUUAUUGACCUUCAGACAGAGGUCUGAGCAGAAAGGGAAGAAAAAGGACUUUUUUUUUUUUCCGGAAAACAAACGAAACAAACAAAACCACGUUUUAAAGAAAUGAUUAAAUUAAAUCGGAACCGAGCGAGAGAAGUGUUUGGUUUCUUUUGAAACCUUUGGUAAGAUGGAGUAACUUUUGUAUUGUUCUCAGCAGAGAGGGGGAAUAUUACUUUAUAGAGUAUAGUAGCUGUAGGUUCAGGACAACAUGAGCUUUCCCAGGCAGGACUGGAGGAGUGAGCCUGGAAGAGAGCGAGGAGGAAGAGGAGGAGGAGGAGGGUGGGGAGGGGCUGCAGGGGACAAGCCCUGCCAAGAUGCUCUCGGGUCGCUGCAGCACACAAGGAGCCCUCCUGCUCUGCCACGGGGAGGUGUGGAAGGAUGCCCAGCAGCCACCACAGAGGGCCCAGAAGAUCAGGGUUGUUUGGGGACACCGAGAGGGGACGCCUGCGGGAGCCUCGCUGGGAUGUGGCCUGGCUGGGGCAGACCCAGCGUGGAGGGACAUCCCUCUCUCCCCCGCCUCUCCCUCGCCAGCUCCUCCAAGAAGGAAGGAGAUGGGACACGCCAAGAAGUGGCCACGAGGACAUUGCCACUCCUGGGUGUCACGCCACGACCUGACAUUGGCGCAUGGUCGCAGAGGUCCCCGCGGAGGGGGACAUGGUGGCUUCACCCAUAGCUGGGGUGGAAGGGAGAGGUGGGGCUUCCUCCUCUCAUCCCUCCCCGGCGGAGGAAAGGACAAGCUCCAAAUCUCCAAAUCCUGCUCGCCCCAUCUCCAGGGAGAGGGUGGAAGGUGGUAGUCAACAAGACCAACAAGAAGAAUGUAGGUCAUGUCAUUGACUGUUAAAUAGAUAAACUCAGCACGGGCCUUGCAAAGGUCCUCUUGGCCUCAUCCUUUUUUUUUUCUUUUUUUUUUUUUUUUGGUUCCGUUAUUUGUCCUUGCUUUCGGACUCAAAUUUAUUCCAAGCUUCCCCUCCCUGGAAGGCAGAGAGAGAAAAAGGGAAAGACAGAUCUGCCGCUGUACCUGGAGAUAUUGGUAAACAGAGACGUUGCCUUAGGACAUUGAGACAAACUGACAACAUGAAUAACGUCCACUUGGAAACAAACAGACAAAAAAAACAAACAAAAUAAUCUAUUUUUUUCCUUCUUCUUUUCUUUUCUUCAAUAAAAAGAGAACUUGAAA